CCCCUCCUUAUGUUGUGUAGCAGUGCAUGAAGACCUGUUCUUUCCAGUAAGGCCGCGGUCUAACGGACACGUCACGGUGGGGGAGAAAUCUUAGAGCGCCGGCGUGGAGUAGGGACCAUGAGGAAUAUAGAGUGGCGUGGUUGGCCGAGCGCUCUAGUCGUGAUGUUGCACGCGCCUCUGUUCAGAGCUGUAUACACAUGGAAGACAAGUGCGCUCGCAGACCUCGCCGUUACGGCAACUUGCUCUUCGCGCUGCCCCUGCUCUGCAUCUUCGUCUGCCCGGUGGCCACUGACAUCACUGAUGUACCGAAGUUCGGACAGCCCAUCAACAACGUGACGGUCCCCGUGGCCCGAGAGGCGACACUCGCGUGUGUCGUGGAAGAUCUCGCCACGUACAAGGUGGCAUGGCUCCGAGUUGAUACACAAACAAUUCUCACUAUCGCAACACAUGUGAUCACCAAAAAUCAUCGCAUUGGUGUGACACACAGUGAUCACAGAACGUGGUAUCUUCAGAUCCGAGAUGUGAGGGAGUCUGACCGAGGGUGGUACAUGUGCCAGAUCAACACGGAUCCCAUGAAGAGUCAAGUGGGCUACUUGGAGGUGGUAGCAACGAGUGUGGAAGGCCCAGUGUUCAACAUCACCAGGGUGAACCGGCUGCAUAUGGGGGCGUACCUCUGCAUCGCGUCCAACGGUGUUCCCCCCACAGUUAGCAAGAGGAUCAUGCUAAUUGUGCACUUUCCUCCCAUGAUCUGGGUGCAGAACCAAUUAGUCGGAGCACACGAAGGUCAACAAAUGACCUUGGAAUGCAAUUCAGAAGCUUAUCCUAAGUCCAUCAACUACUGGACAAGAGAUAAAGGAGACAUUAUUGCUCAAGGUGGCAGGUAUGAGCCAGUGCUGCUGGACAAUGCCUAUAAAGUACAUAUGAAGCUGACCAUCCGGUCCGUGGGUCCGACGGACUUCGGUCCGUACAAAUGCGUCUCCAAGAAUUCCCUGGGAGACACGGACGGCAGUAUAAAGCUUUACCGUAUUCCUCAACCGUCGACACAGUACAGAACUACUAGCACCACAGAAGCUAGUGUAUUACCAGAGAAAGAGAAGAAGCAGAGAUCUCGUCAGAAGGAGCCUGAGGCAGCAGAGGAAGAUGCCAGUAACGAGAUUAUGGACCUCUCAGACCCAGAGAAGAUCACCAAAGAGAGAGAUCUGAAACUGAGGGGCAGGCCACAUGACAAUGCACUGGAAUUGCCCGUUGCAGAAGGACCAACAUCAUCCGGAGAAUCGCAUCUUCCCUUAACCCUUCUGAUAUGGUCCACAUCGUUAUGGCUGUCCAAAGUUCAUGUUCCACCGAUUCUAAACCUCCCGCCAUAGAAGAGAAAGAUGAAGAUUCUGCCAUCUAUCUGCGUACCGAGUAACACCAGUGUUGAAAACACCCUGGAAGAAUUUCGAAGCUUCUUCAUGUCCCAUACUGGUUAACCACAAAAGGCAUGCAGCUUCUUUGUAGUUACCACAGCUUCUUUAAUUUAAGUUCUUUGAAACUUCUUCGAAGUUAACACUUUAAAACCACAUAUCACGUGGUGUUAUUUAUAUCUUUGCUUAAAUGACUUUGAAACAAAGACUAUGAUUAUCAGUGAACAUUAAUUUUGCCUGUAGCACAUGGAAUAUUGCUUAGGAUUAUCAGAACGUGGAACGGAAAGCUAUAGUGACCUCAGGGAUUUCUAAGCAAGCUACAAAAUAGUGAUCAAUUAUUUAAGGUCAGUGACUGCUUUGGAACUUGAAUUCAUAUUCUCCAUACGGUGUUACACAGCUUGGGCCACCGUUCUUCAUUGAAGAAAUAUUUCCAAAUGAAUAAGUUUAAUUGAAAUAUUAUCUUUCAUCUGUGACCCUUGCUAUUUAUCCAAUGAUGUGACACUUUCUCUCACUUUGUCUACUGUUUUCUUUCAACAAAUGUAAGAAAAUUACAAAGCAAUGCUUGGGAUUAUGCGAGUGUUUUGGGUCUACAAACAGACGAUGGAACUGGCCUAAGAACACGUAUAUUUACAGUGUAUAGAGAAAUGAAAAGUAAAUAUGACAUCGUUGUGAUAUUCCAGAACAGUUUAUAAUGAACCACGGGUUACUGAUAUUAUAUGUGCAACUGAGAAGUGUUUGAACAGUGCAUAUUGCAUGCGGUGAAGUAGAAUGUUCUUUUUAUCUGCACUCUUCGCAGAGAAAAUAACAUCGUUAUCAAAAGUAAAAUAGUUUUAUUAGUAAACAAAUGUCAGCUAACAUUGAUAAGAAUGAAAUAAUGUGUAGAUGCAACAAACAGUAAGCAUAGACGUUUAAAAAUGCACGCCAUGUGUACUAUACAAUAUUAGUAUAUGGAUGUGUAUAGCUGGUAAUUAGCUCUGUGGUCAUGGCGUCUGUCUGUGGUCUCGGAGUGCUAAAAGCAGAAACGUAACAAGUGUUAUAAAGCAAUUGUUUCAAUGAAAUGGGAAUAUCUGUGCUUAUCUACGACGCAUCAUCCUUAAAUUCGUGUUCCAUGACUUACUGUAAAUAAAAUGUCCAAAUUUCUAGCGUGGAUCUGGGAUCCCCGUGUAUCAUCUUAGUGUGUUAGUGAGAGGGGCAUGAAAGUGUUAUUUGAUGUUUUCGUUGCAGGCUUGUAUCAAAUAUGUCGUCCUGCAGUGGACGUGAAGUCAAGGUGACGAUGUAAAUAUUACCUUUCAUAUGGAAUCUAUUUAUCUGUACUUCCUCUCAAGGGAUAAGAAAUUUAUUGUAUUUCUUGAUCAGUAUUCAAUUUUCAAAUGUGCUUUGUACUAGCAAAAUAAAGACUGAAAGGAAAGAAACAUUAAUAAUAGUGAA